GGCGGCGGUGGAGGCGGCGGCCUGGCGGAGCGGGCCCGGCGGCGGCAGGGCACCGUGUGGAGCCGGGGAACCAGGGAGCUGCCAUGGCCACAUUCCCACCGUGUACCGCGCCCAGGCUGCCCGCCACCCCCUCGCCCCGCUGAGGCCAUGGGGCUCCUGCUGCUGCCACCACUGCCAUCACCACAGGAAUUUCGGCUCAGCAAGGGGACUCUCGGUGCCUCUGCCAUGGUGACAUGAAGCUGACAGCGAGGGACGCCCGACUGCUGGAGGGGAGAGAGCCUGCACAGGCGGCCUGCUAGUAUUUUAAUUUAUUAGUAGUAUUCAACUUUGUUUUAUCUAAUUUUGUUUUGGUUGGUUGGUUGCUUCUUCCCCUCCCCGGGGCUCACAAGGGGAGGGGGUGGGCAGAGGAGAGGGGCCCCACCUUGCCCAGCGGAUGCAAGGAUGACUGUGCUGGCCAGGGCCCGGCGGGGUAUCUGGCAGCUCUCUCCGCAGGUGGUGUUGCUCCUGCUCUUUGCCUUCUGCCUGCUCAGUGUUUUCAUCUCUGCAUAUUAUUUAUAUGGGUGGAAAAGGGGCUUGGAGCCCUCUGGGGACGUGGCAGGGCCGGACUGUGAUGAGCCCAAGGUCGCCCCUUCCCGUUUGCUGCCGUUGAAGACCGUCAAGGUGGUCGACUCCUCCCGCACAGACCCCUUGGUGCUGGUCUUCGUGGAGAGCCUCUACUCCCAGCUGGGCCAGGAGAUCGUGGCCAUUUUGGAGUCGAGUCGCUUCAAAUACAGGACAGAGAUUGCCCCGGGGAAGGGGGACAUGCCCACACUGACCGACAAGGACCGGGGACGCUUUGCACUCAUCAUCUACGAGAACAUCCUCAAGUAUGUCAACCUGGACGCCUGGAACCGGGAGCUGCUGGACAAGUACUGUGUGGAGUAUGGCGUGGGCAUCAUCGGCUUCUUCAAGGCCAACGAGAACAGCCUGCUGAGUGCCCAGCUGAAGGGCUUCCCCCUCUUCCUCCACUCCAACCUGGCGCUGAAGGACUGCAGCAUCAACCCCAAGUCGCCCCUGCUCUACAUCACGCGCCCCAGCGAGGUGGAGAAGGGGGUGCUCCCCGGGGAGGACUGGACCGUCUUCCAGUCGAACCACUCCACCUACGAGCCGGUCCUCCUGGCCAAGACCAAGUCGGCCGAGUCCAUCCCGCACAUGAGCGUGGACGCCGCGCUGCACACCACCGUGAUGCAGGACCUGGGCCUCCACGACGGCAUCCAGAGGGUGCUGUUUGGCAACAACCUCAACUUCUGGCUGCACAAGUUGGUCUUUGUGGACUCUGUCUCCUUCCUGACGGGCAAGAGGCUCUCCCUGCCCCUCGACCGCUACAUCCUGGUGGACAUCGACGACAUCUUUGUGGGCAAGGAGGGCACGCGCAUGAAAGUGGAAGAUGUCAAGGCGCUGUUUGACACACAGAACGAGCUGCGCACCCACAUCCCGAACUUCACCUUCAACCUGGGAUACUCAGGGAAAUUCUUCCACACAGGUACCGAUGCCGAGGAUGAAGGUGAUGACCUGUUGCUGUCCUACGUGAAGGAGUUCUGGUGGUUCCCCCACAUGUGGAGCCACAUGCAGCCUCACCUCUUCCACAACCAGUCGGUUCUCGCCGAGCAGAUGACCUUAAACAAGAAAUUCGCUGUCGAGCAUGGCAUCCCCACUGACAUGGGGUACGCCGUGGCCCCGCACCACUCGGGCGUGUACCCCGUGCACGUGCAGCUGUACGAGGCGUGGAAGCAGGUUUGGUCAAUCAAAGUGACGAGCACGGAGGAGUAUCCGCACCUGAAACCCGCUCGCUAUCGCCGCGGCUUCAUCCACAAUGGCAUCAUGGUACUCCCCCGGCAAACCUGCGGCCUCUUCACGCACACCAUCUUCUACAAUGAAUACCCCGGGGGCUCCAGUGAGCUGGACAAAAUCAUCAACGGGGGUGAACUGUUCCUGACUGUGCUCCUCAACCCCAUCAGCAUCUUCAUGACCCAUCUGUCCAACUACGGAAACGACCGCCUGGGUUUGUACACCUUCAAGCACCUGGUCCGCUUCCUCAACUCCUGGACCAACUUGAAGCUGCAGACGUUGCCACCUGUGCAGUUGGCACAGAAAUACUUCCAGAUCUUUUCUGAAGAGAAGGACCCGCUGUGGCAGGAUCCCUGUGAAGACAAACGGCACAAGGACAUUUGGUCCAAAGAAAAGACCUGUGACCGAUUCCCAAAGCUUCUCAUCAUCGGGCCUCAAAAAACAGGAACAACCGCCCUUUAUCUCUUCCUGGGAAUGCACCCGGACCUGAGCAGCAACUACCCCAGCUCAGAGACCUUCGAGGAGAUACAGUUCUUCAAUGGACACAACUAUCACAAGGGCAUCGACUGGUACAUGGAGUUCUUCCCCAUCCCCUCCAACACCACCUCUGACUUUUACUUUGAGAAAAGUGCCAACUAUUUUGACUCUGAAGUGGCUCCCCGGCGAGCUGCAGCCCUGCUGUCCAAGGCCAAAGUCAUCACCAUCCUCAUCAACCCUGCAGAUCGAGCCUACUCCUGGUAUCAGCACCAGCGAGCUCACGACGACCCGGUCGCCCUGAAAUACACCUUCCACGAGGUGAUCACAGCCGGGCCCGAGGCUGCCCCGAAGCUCCGGACCCUGCAGAACCGCUGCCUGGUGCCGGGCUGGUACGCCACCCACAUCGAGCGCUGGCUGAACAGCUACCACGCCAACCAGAUCCUGGUGCUGGACGGCAAACUGCUCCGAACAGAACCCGCCAAAGUGAUGGAGACGGUCCAGAAAUUCCUCGGCGUGACCAACUUCAUCGAUUACCACAAGACCCUCGCGUUUGACCCAAAGAAAGGAUUCUGGUGUCAGCUUCUGGAUGGAGGGAAAACGAAAUGCUUGGGAAAGAGCAAAGGGAGGAAGUACCCCGAGAUGGAUUCGGAUUCACGCGCCUUCCUGCGGGACUAUUACAGGGACCAUAACAUAGAGCUCUCCAAGCUCCUGUACAAAAUGGGGCAGACACUGCCCACCUGGCUGCGGGAGGAGCUGCAGAGCACCAGGUAGCUGCUGCCUGCUGCCCCCCAGCAAUACCUGAGCGGGGCUGACCCCUGCUCCGGCGCGACCUUCUCAGCAAUACCCGGCCGUGGCCUUGGAGGGGACCCCCAGGAGUGUACAGCAUCUCCAGAGGCUUGGAGGGGACCCCCAGGAGCGUAUGGCUGCACCAGAGGCUUGGAGGGGACCCCCAGGAGGCUACGGCUGCCCAAGCAGCAGUCCGACUCUGCAGUCCCCGUGCUGUCACCUCUCCUGCAUUUUCUUUCAUUUUAUUUUCCCUUUUUAAUUCCCGUCCCUCUGCUGCCCCGUUCUGACGUAGAGAAGUGGCACAAAUUCCCCUUUCUCUGCCCAAAAUGGGCGCCAACUGCCCUGAGCCUGAGAGCAGCAGCAGAGCUGUCCCUCACCUCUUGGUCCGAGGGUGGAGCAGCCAUUCUGGGUGCACUGGUGGUGACUUUGCUCAGCUGGAGCAGAGAAAUGGAGCUGGUGGAGACCCAAAUCAGAGAGGAACCCAGACCUGCUCCUGCCAUCAGCCCCAUGGGAGGAAACAGAAGAGUUUGCAGGAUUCCCCCAUCACCUGCUUGGAAAUGCUGCAAACCAGGUGGAUUUUGAUUUCAAAGACUCAGGCACUAUUUCUUUUGUCAUCUCUAUUCAUCUUCAAGCUCCUCAGCCUCUGGCUCCCCCUUCAUGGGCAGCAUGGUGGGACUGCAGCCUAGCAGGAGAAGGGUCUGGUGUGCUGGUCUGGGCAUACUGGUCCCAGUGUGCUGGUCCCAGUACGCUCCUGACCCCCAAGCCCACCCUGCAAUCCUGUACUCACGUGGUGUUUCCUGUGGUAAAGCCGAGUGGUGCCCGGCAUCCCCUGGCACAGAGGAGAGCCCGGGGACAGAACAGUGGGAUAACAGCAGUCAGAAGGAUUCUGAGAACUUCAAACCUCUUGAAUAUUAAAAAAACAAAAGUAUUUUAAUAAUGUUGGGGCUUAGGGGGGUGGGGGGAAGGGUUCGUUUGGUUCCCAUUUUGCAGGGGGGGGGGUGUUUUUCUUCAGUGCCAGAAUUUGUACCUAAACCCCGAGGGUUUUACGUGGUCUCUUUGGUUGUGACACGUGACAUGGACAAAGGUCAGUGGGGAAACGGGACAGUUUUCCCAGUGGGAGACACGUCUUUAUACCAGUGGUGCCGUACAGAGCUACAGCCCCAGUCUGCUCUCCCACGCCUUGGGAUUUGCUGGCAGACGAGACUGAGCCAUCACGGGUUUACCGGGAUAAGGGCCCAGAUUUCCCCUUGGAUGGAGCUGCUCCACAGGAUGCAGGAUGGCAGCAGUUCCUGACAGAGGGGGUUGCAGUGCCCAGGAUCCUGCCCUUGCCUCCAGAGUGGGGCCAGGGCAGUGGGGUAACGAGGUGUUUCGCCACAGGUGACAGAGGGGCCCUGCUGGCAGUGGGGUUCCCAGCCAGCUGUUUCAGCAGGAGCCCCUGAAGCCUUGAGGGGGCUGCACCUCCUGCUGCUGCCUCUCCAUGGGGCUGCCUUGGGAGAGGCUCCCAGGCACCGGUAUAAGGUCCUGUUGAACCAACUGCUAAUAAAUGGGGGGCUCUGGUUUUA